GGGGCGGCGCUCGGGGCUGGAGUCGCUCACCGUUUCCCGGCUCUCGCUUCCCUCCCGUGCUGAAGAUGGCAACCGACGGGCUGCACGAGAACGAGACGCUGGCGUCGCUCAAGAUCGAGGCCGAGAGCCUCAAGGGCAAACUGGAGGAGGAGCGGGCCAAGCUGCACGACGUGGAGCUGCACCAGGUGGCUGAGCGCGUGGAGGCCCUGGGCCAGUUUGUCAUGAAGACGAGAAGAACCCUCAAAGGCCAUGGGAACAAGGUCCUGUGCAUGGACUGGUGUAAGGACAAGAGGAGGAUCGUGAGCUCCUCCCAGGAUGGGAAGGUGAUCGUGUGGGAUUCCUUCACCACCAACAAGGAGCAUGCGGUCACGAUGCCCUGCACGUGGGUGAUGGCGUGUGCCUACGCCCCGUCUGGAUGUGCCAUUGCUUGUGGCGGUUUGGAUAAUAAGUGUUCCGUGUACCCACUGACAUUUGACAAAAAUGAAAACAUGGCCGCCAAGAAGAAGUCUGUUGCCAUGCACACCAACUACCUGUCGGCCUGCAGCUUUACCAACUCCGACAUGCAGAUACUGACGGCGAGUGGCGAUGGGACGUGCGCCCUGUGGGAUGUGGAGAGCGGGCAGCUGCUGCAGAGCUUCCACGGCCAUGGGGCCGACGUGUUGUGCCUGGACCUGGCCCCCUCCGAGACAGGGAACACCUUCGUGUCUGGAGGAUGUGACAAGAAAGCCAUGGUGUGGGACAUGCGCUCGGGCCAAUGUGUGCAGGCCUUCGAAACCCAUGAGUCUGACAUCAACAGUGUCCGGUACUACCCAAGUGGAGAUGCUUUUGCUUCCGGGUCAGAUGAUGCUACUUGUCGUCUGUAUGACCUCCGGGCUGACAGGGAGGUGGCCAUCUACUCCAAAGAGAGCAUCAUAUUUGGCGCCUCCAGUGUGGACUUCUCUCUCAGCGGCCGCCUGCUGUUUGCCGGGUACAACGACUACACCAUCAACGUCUGGGAUGUUCUGAAGGGCUCCCGGGUCUCCAUCCUGUUCGGACACGAGAACCGCGUCAGUACCCUGCGGGUGUCCCCCGACGGCACCGCGUUCUGCUCGGGAUCCUGGGACCACACCCUGCGCGUCUGGGCUUAGUCCCCGUCCCAUGACGCAGUCCUACGCAACUGAGGAUAGACCGUGAGCUCUUCCCUGAUAAAUCCCGAAUCCGCCUCCCUGCCAGCAGGGCUGAGGGCUUGUUGCCACGUAGCUUAAGGGAGCAAAGUUCAGUAGGCGUCCCCAGUGUUAUCUUCCCACUUCCAGCCCUAGAGCACACCACGAGAACCUGCCAGUGCAGUGUGUUUUGAUUGCUGAACACUUUCUGAUGCUUGCCUCUUUUUAAGGUCAGCCUAAAUUGUCCUGGCGUCAGCUCAGGAUCUUAAGUGGUGGAGUGCACCCUGGAGCCCCAGUCUUUUGCAGAGCACUUUCACAACCUGGCUGUUCUCAUGUCUUCACCUUCCUCCAGAAGUGCUGAGUUGGAGAACUGCAUAAGACAGGCUGUGUGAAUUCAUCUACAACGGGAGAAAAUGUCAAACCAGAUGUUAUUAGGCAGAAGCUAACUUUU